AUGAAGCCUGGGACAUUUUGGGUGUGCAAGAUCAGCUGGGACGCACUGCAGGCACAGAAGGCCACGGCCCUAAACGGAGGCCCCGGCCGACGGCGGAAACGGGAGUCCGUUUUCGACAACUUUGAACCCCAGGAAGAUGUGCCUGGCAGGGAGGGUCCCCUGGAGGGGGAGCCAGCGUGGGAGACCCAGCCCAGCGAGACGAACGAGGCAUCGGGGCGAGCGAAUCCGUCGCGCCCUUCGCCGCCGCGCCCCUCCGCUGGCGCCGCGGUCGAGUUGGAGGAGGGCUGGGGCGCGGGAGCCUGGUGGGAUCCACCCCCCAGCCGGCGGGUCCGGGGCCUGUACGAUGAGAGCGGGGCGGGGGUGGACGAUGAGACGGAGGAGGGUGCCCCGUCCGCGGACGAACCCGGCCGCCGCCCCGCGUCCGACGGGCCCCUCGACGUCGUCCCGCUGAGCGACGCGGAGCUGGACCGCGUGCUGCCCGUCUUCCCGCUGGCCUCCCAGGCCGCAUACUUCUCCGGCGGCACCGCCGGCGCCGUCCAACGCUGGGGCGCCAGCCUGGCGGCCACCGUGGUCCUGUCCAAGGCCGCCCUGCUGGCCGCUGCCUCGCUGACCUGGCCCGUCUGGUGGCCCUGGGCCCUGGCCGCGCGGCGCAACUGGGCGCUGCGCCGCGGCCGCCGCCACGCGGGCCUAUGGCGCACGCGCGUCCUGGACGUAGACCCGGGAUCGCGGGGGGGCGUGCCCGCCCCGCGCCUGGCCGUCGCGCGCUUCGCCUUCGGGGAGCGCGGAGGGCCGUGCACGCGGCUGGACCUGCCCGCGGACGGCAGGUUCCAGAGGGUGCGGCCUGGGGACCCGGCGGAGCUGCUCGUCCUCUCCUCCUCACCCGAGUUUGACGAGUUCCAGGCGCGGGAAGAUGGGGGAAGUGCGCGGCUGCUCAUCCUUUCCAUCCCCUUGAUCCCACAGGCGGUGAAGGACGUCUACCUUCCCAACAGCGGCCUGUGGCUCUCGUCCUACCCGUUCCUCGACCGCUCAGAGUUCCUGGCCCUCUCCUUGGCGAUAGAACGUGAGGCUGUGGCGGGUGAGGGGGGAGCCCCGCCCCAUUACUCCUGA